ACUCGAGAAACCAUGACGUUUAUUUAAACUAUAGAUUAAAUAGAUUAUGAUGAACUUCACAGGGCGGUGAAAGUGCAUUGUGCUCUUCAUGCUGCUUUCCAAUAAAUAUAGAGGGUCUUAUUCUGAUGACACGAUGCUCGACUACCGUGUGACAAAGAAAAAUAGUAUCGCUGUUAUCAUGAUACAGAGCCUAGCCGCACUCUUAUCUGCGAUCUUUGGCUAGAGCGCACGCGCCAAGGUAGGCAGCUUUGCUAUGUAAUGCAACAGUUUUUGUGGCAAAACUAUCGGAAGAGUUGAAAAUGUGAUGGAAACAUAUUGAAAUUCAUAUUUUUAUUCGGUACCUGAAAACGUACGUGAAAAAAUGAAUGUUGUGUGCACUAAAUACGUCAUCACGCACUGAUUUUUAUCCGCAAAUAGUCAAUUUUGUGGAAACACUUCACUGGUGGGAAAAUGUGCAUAUUUUAUUUUUGCGUGUUCGAGAAUUCCGCGUUCAAAAUAACUGGGAACUCGUAAAUCUCCGACCUUCGACUUUAGGCGUUCAAAACAACUGUUUACUCGAGGAAAAAAAACGAAGUCCGACUGGGAAAAAUCGAUUUGAAUGUUCAUCCAACUCGAGCCUCUUUCUAGAGUUCCGACCUGAAGAUCACUGACGUCAUGAUUCCAUCCCGUAUUUUUCCUAGUUGCCAUUUGUUUUGAACGCAGCACUAGCUAUCCAAACCAACUGUGUCGGUCAAUUUGGUGAAUGUCUUCAUGUAAUUUUUAUUGAUACAGAAUCUUAUUUCUUAUCAACCACCAACAUAACUGCAAUUUCAGCAGAAAGUGGGUCUUCAAUGUAUCAGUCAGAGAUACGUGAUUUCAUUAAAUUAGCGGGGUUUUUUCUACCCAAAAAAGUAUCUUCUCACCUGUAGUUGUAUGACGCACUGAAAUCCCUGACUGCAAAACCAUGUACACAAUAUUUUUUCGGGAUAGCCAAGAGCUAGAUCACGAUAAGAUGAUUUACAGAUCUGUGAAUUUGUGCAGGCACGCACAACUAAGAGGUUCUCGAGAGUUCAAUCAAUUUGAAGGGUCCAAAAUGGCGAUGGAUGGUAUGACCACAUCUCCAUCAGGACUAUCGUAUCACAAUGUUGGGGACUUUUACCCCAGAAAAUUCGGUUCCAAGCCGGACGUGGUGCCGUCCGGGGUGACCGAGAGGAAAGUUGGUCCCCUGGACAAACCUGACAUGGUGGCGGUGGACGUUAUCAACGAUUCAGAUAUCCCAAUGCACAGAAAAAAGCAUGAAACUGACAUGUUUGUGCUGGGUACUAUACACCCAUUCCGGAAGAUGCACAGGUCCUUCUUUGGGAAACUCUCUCAAGAAUUCCGCUUGGUGACUUCAGACAGACAGUCAUGGAGAAUCCUGGUGUUCAGCAUGCUGAAUGUCCUCUGUACUGGUUGCCUGCUGAUGUGGUGCAGCUCCACCAACAGUAUGGCCUUAACAGCAUACACAUACCUCACCAUCUUCGAUCUCUUCAGUCUGAUCACCUGUCUGCUGAGUUCCUGGGUGGCCAUGAAGAAGCCUAGUCAGCUCUUCUCGUUUGGGUUUAAGCGACUGGAGGUCCUUGCUGUGUUUGCCUCCACGGUGCUGGUGCAGCUGGGCGCUCUGUUCAUCCUGAAGGAGAGUGUGGAGAGAUUCGUGGAGCAGCCGGAGGUGCACACGGGUCGUCUGUUGGUGGGGACCUUUGUAGCUCUGUUCUUCAACCUGCUAACUCUUCUCUCUGUGAAGAACAAGCCCUUUGUCUACGUCUCAGAAGCUGCCAGCACCAGUUGGCUCCAGGAGCAUGUCGCAGACCUAAGUCGAAGUUUGUGUGGGAUUAUCCCUGGCCUCAGCAGUGUCCUCCUGCCUCGAAUGAAUCCAUUUGUCUUAAUCAACGUGGCCGGAGCUCUCUCACUCAGCGUCACCUACAUGCUCAUUGAGAUCAAUAAUUACAAUGCUGUGGACACGGCCUCGGCGGUGGCCAUCGGCCUCAUGAUCUUUGGCACCAUGUAUCCUAUGAGCGUGUAUAGCGGGAAGGUGCUCCUUCAGACCACUCCAUCUCAUGUCAUUGGUCAGCUUGACAAAUUGCUCAGAGAGGUCUCCACUCUGGAGGGGGUCCUGGAGGUCCGUAACGAGCACUUCUGGACGGUUGGCUUUGGCUCUUUGGUACGUCAUCAUGGUUUUGUCACGGUUGUCCUCAUUGUACCCAGCAGACUCCCAGUGCUAUGCACCACGCUCUGUUUCCUCUGCCGGCUCCCCCCACCAGAUGCCAGGAACACAAAGAGAACGCCACUCACCCUCAUUUAGUUUAGUGGCCCCCUUGUUGUUUACGAACAAUUGGCAAGGAUUUGCUCACUCAAAUGAAAAGGGGACAAGCUUCUCAUGCGUUGCAAUUUCUCUGUUGAUUUAAGACUUUUAACUGCCUCCAACUUGUUUUUGACUGACAGGAAUGCAUUGCUUAUUUCUAAAUGAUAGGGUUAGGGUGAUAUGAUCAUGUACUAGAUUGCCUUACACAAGCAUAGUCCCAUGUAUUCCUUUGUGUCCAAGAAGCAUGCUGUGGAUAUCAAAGGUCAGAUGUCAGUUUAAUUAAACAGUCCUGUGUCGGUGAGGGGAAAUUUCUGAUCACAGAGCUUCUCGUCUCCUGCCUCCAGGAGGCCAUGUUAUUUCAUUCCAAUUGUAAAGACUGAGUAGUCACACAAAAAGACAGAAGUCACAUCACACUUCAAUACAGGGUAUAUAGCAUAAGAACAUAAAUGGUACAUAGCAUAAAGACAGAAAUGGUAUAUCGCAUAGACAGAUGGUAUUUCGCAUAAAGACAGAUGGUAUAUUGCAUAGAGACAGAUGGUAUAUCGCAUAAAGACAGAAAUGCAGUCAUUCUGGUUUCAUUGAAACGCCUGAGAUGUGAAUUAUUCAGUCUGUGGCUCUAAAAAUGUUGCUUCACAUAAGAAUGAAUUAAGGAAUUAAAUACAGAUUCUGUCUGGUCUGCUGCUAUGUUAAAUCUCAUUCAAUGAAAUAACACAUAUUUGCACUCUACCUAAAAGCAGCGUAAUAUAAUGGUAACAUUAUGCAAUAACAGCAUCACUGUCAUAUAGAUAAAAAGGCCAGGUUCUUGGCUGUGCUAAUUGCUGUGUGGACUAAGUUUAUCCAGUAGUGUUGCUGCUGUGCCCAGUUGCCACACUGUUCUCGCCAGACUGUAUUCCCUAGGGUACUGCCAGUAGAG